UUGGCGUCCUCUCCGUGGACUAACGUGCUCAGCGAUGACGUCCCCAGCGAUGAUUAGCUGUUGACCCCUUAUCGAUACCAGGUCAACAAUCACUUUCGAAAAAUACCUAGCACAAGCCGUAAUAGUAUACUACAUGUCAAUACACGUAUGCUCCAACGAAUUAGACUUUUUGUUACAACAUGAGUAGUUUUUCAGGUGUCUGAUUUUAUUCUAAAGAUGUCAAAGAUAAACAGAGCCAGAGAAGACAUUCGUGCGAUUAAUAACGAGGAAGGAAGUCCUGCAAAGAAAGUGAAAGUUGCAACAUCUUCUGAAAGUAGUUUUUCUGAAGAUAGAUUUGUGAAUGGAGCUGCCAGAAUUAAAUUAAAGAAAGGAGAUGGCUUAUAUGAGUGUAAAGAGUUGAUACUGAAGGUCAAGAAUUCUUUAUCUAAACAGAAGAAGAACAAAUGUAAAGAGACAUUGGAUAAAUGGAAAAAAGAUUUGGAAGAACUUGAGAAGCAGCUGAUCAUACCAAAAGUGACCAUAGCGGUAGUAGGAGCUACUGGCUCAGGUAAAUCUAGUCUGAUUAAUGCUGUGCUAGAUCAGUUUAGUGUUUUACCGACAUCAGGAACACAAGCAUGUACAUCUGUGGUGGUAAAGAUAGAAAACAAUGAAGAUGGUGAACAGUAUGAAGCAGACAUAGAAUUUUUAUCAAGAGAGGAAUGGCAGGAAGAACACGAUGUUCUGAUUAAAGAUAUAACCAAGAAUGAUGGAACAAUGAAGAAUACUAAACCACAUGAACAGUCUGAAGCUGGAGUGGCAUUCCUAAAAAUGAGAGCUGUUUAUGGACAGUUCUCAUCUCUUGAUGACUUGAAAGUAGAAAACAUAAUCACUUCUCACUUGGGAAAAAUCAAAAAUCUUAAAUCAAAUACGCUACAAGAAUUCAGUUGUAAUAUAGAAAAGUAUAUAAUAGGUACUGAGGAAGAAGGACAACACUUAUGGCCGAUCAUAAAGUCUGUGACGAUAAGAAUUCCAAACUUUUUUACUGGGUGUACAUUAGUAGACUUGCCAGGAGUUGGUGAUGCAAAUGCAGCUAGAGAUAGGAUAGCACAGGAACACGUAGAAAACUGUUCAAACUUUCUGGUAGUGGCAGAUGUGCACCGGGCCUUUAGUAGUAAAAUAAACAAAGAGUUGUUAGAAGAGAGAUUGAGUCGCCAAUUAUUAAUGGAUGGGAACUAUUCCAGUGACAAAAUAACAUUUGUUUGUACAAAGAAUGAUGACUUGAACUAUACAGAAUUAAUAAGGGAAUUGAAACUGGAUAAAAAUGCAGAAAUAAUGUCACUGAAGAAUGAAUCGGAAAAAUUAAAGAAAGCUCUUAAUGCGGCAGAUGGAAAUGAAAGACUUCAAAUCGAAAAAAAAUGGCACCAAACAUUCCAGGAUAUGAAAAUUAUAUGUGGAAAAGCAAGAUCAGAAAAGGCCAAGAAGCAGCUGAAGAAAGUCUACAAGUCAAGACUUAGGGACAUGAAAAAGUCUGCAAAGAAAGAAUUAGAUAAAGAUGACGAAAACAAUGAAGAUGAUGAAGACAAUGAAGAUGAUGAUGACAGCAAUGAUGAGUCUGACGAUGGUCUAAGAGUUUUCUGUGUCAGUUUAAAUGACUACCAGCGUUUAAAGGAAACAAACGAGCCAACAAUGGUAUUUGACAAUGAAGAAGACACAGAAAUACCAAAGAUAAGGCUAUGGAUAAAGGAAAUUGUAGAGCGAAAGAAACAGGCUGCUACUGAACACUUGAUGCGUUACUUAACCUCUUUUUUAAAUGAUAUAAAAAAUUACCUGACAGAAAAUGAACUUGAGUUCAAAAGUUACUCUGAGAUUGUGAAGGUAGCAGUGGAAAUAUUAUGUGACGAAUUACAUCAGGAACUACAGAACACCUCUGUGAAACUCCUAUAUGACUUAACAAAAGAGAUAUCAAAGACUGAGUAUAAUCUAGAAAAAGGUGUUAAAAGUGCUGAGGAUGAAGCUAUUUCAGUGUGUAAAGAAUGGGGGAAAUUGUACUUUUGGCCGACAUACAAGGCUGCAGUAAACAGAAAUGGUGUUUAUAAAUCAAGAUCUGUUGGAGAAAUCAAUUUUAACGAUGACUUAGUCUCUCCUUUGAUCAGUGGCAUCCUAAUAAGGUGGACAGAUUUGUUUAGUGAAGAUUUAUGGAAGAUACUGAAUGACUAUUGGUACAAUGAAAAUCAUCUUGAAAAAACCAUAAAAGAGUAUACAAACAAACUGUCUGACAAAGUGAAAGAUUACAUACCUACACCACAGCUUGAAAAACUCAAGAAAAGGAUUAAUGACAAUUCUUGGCAAGAGUUACAAAAAAAAAUUAAUCAGAUAAAAGUCCAUGUGGAGUGCCGUCAAAAACAGAUUAACAGAUUGUGUUCACCAAUAAUUCAGUCAAGAUUGAAACAUAUUUAUGAGGAGUGUAGUGCUUGCAAAGGAAAAGGUUUUUUUCAAAGAGUGAAGGCUAAUUUGGAAAAGGGGAUAGACACACAGAAAAAAUCCAUGUUCCAAGAAGUGUCAAAAAAGAUUACAGAAGAACUAGAAGCUUUGAUGAAAGAAAUAAAAGAAGACAUUUCAAGUUUAUGUACCAAACUGGUCAGAUAUAUAAAGUUUAUAUUUGAACCUAUGUGGACUUCAAAACAAGACACACAAGAUCUACGAAGUACAAUAUUUGAUGAUGUAGAUGAAGUUGAGCAAAAACUAACAGCUUUACGUAAGACUUUUGGUAUAAAGUUAGAUUUUGGAUCAGAAACAAGGACUGGAAGGUCAUCACCAACAGCAGGUAGGCAUAAAACAUGUUUCAGUCCAGAGGAUCUCCAGAAAGCUAUUAAACAAUCUUUAGCUGACUACUCUAAGCAGCAUGCUGUCGAAGAAAGAUUGAAGGAGUACUGUAACUUCCAUGGUAUGGAAUUCCUUGGUAGGACACCAGGCAAUGGUAAUUGUUUCUUUGAAGCUAUUUCUGCACAGCUAGAAAGGCUUCAGUUACCAAGAAAAUCUCCAGAACUUCUGAGACAAGAAGUAACAACCUACUUAAAGGAAAAGCCUACUUACAAAGUCAAUGGGAAGUUGGUUAACCUUAGAGAUUUUGUUGAGUUAGAAGGAGAUUUCAUGGACUACUGUGAAUCCAUGUCAAAGAAUAUGGAGUGGGCAGAUAAUGUGAUUGUUGUUGCCAUGGCGAGAAUGUUGGAGCAAAAUAUUAUCAUAAUAACCAGUUCUCCUGAGACAGAUAUAGACGACAGUUUAUUAUUUGUGGAUGGUGGAGAGGGGUGUCAUGAAAAACUUCCAUUGUUAGUAGGACAUUACUGGGAAACCCACUACCAGAGUCUUCAGCCAAAAGGAGCCAACAAAAGCUAAGAGGAUUAUCAUGGAUUGAAAAUAAUAGAGGAUCAUUUAAAGAGAGAAUACCAAUGAUUGAAUAUAUACAACUUUUAAUAUGUUAUAAAAACUCCAAUAUAAUAGCUUGCCUUUUUAAAAGAUGAUUGUUGUAUGUUUUUCAGAAAUGACAUUAUGUCAUAUUGUGUUUAACCUUUUCCUCUAUGCUACAUGAAAAUUUUUUUAUAAAUGAAUUUUUUUAUCAUGUCAGAUAUUCCCAAGUAUAUACUUUUUAUAUUGGAUACAAAUUUGAUAAAGUCUGAUAUAGAUUUUUGAAGGCAAUGUACUUCAAUUGAGAUACCACAUAGAUGCUUCAAAAGGUGUCAUUAUGGAGUACAGGGGAGGCAUCAUUUUUUUUUACAUAGCCUCCCCCAUUUCUAUUGAGGUGUCAGACCACCAAUUCACCCACUCCAAUUUAGAAACGUAUGUAAAAGUAGCCCUUCCUUGACAAAAAAUAGUGCUUUUGAUGUCAUUGUUUACCUAAACUAACCAGCAAAUUUGUAGAAAUGAAACUUUUGUUGAAAGAGAAAUAUAUGUAGACCAUUUUGAGCCAAAAUUUACUUGUCCAUGAGUUUGCAUUAAAGAUUGAGGAUUAAUGCGCUCCAUAGUAUACUUAUUUAAGAUUUCCAGAAAACCAGGGGUUAUUUUUAGCAGUACUUAUCUUCCUAGCGUUAGUAUAUCCUUAGAAGACUUUAAACAUAGGUUGAAAAUUAGCGUGUAGAAAGAUGAUACAUGUACAAUUCAGGAUAUACCUGGUUUCUAUGAAGUUAAAUUUAAGGUAAAAUAUUUAGAAAGCUGUGAAAUUUGCUUAAUUUGGUUGAAUAAAUAGGGAUUUUGAAUUGGUGGUCUGACACCUUGAAGUUAUCAUGACCAAAUUUGGACCAUCGAUAGACCUCAUCAUCAAGUUUUAUCAGAUGACCCUUUAUAAAAGUUAUCUCCCAUUAAAUAUAGUUUUUUUUUCGACAUGCAUUAAUAUGCUGUUUAGUGGUGCUUACAUUUUAGAGUUAUAUCACCUUGAAACAAUUUCUUUUAUUUCCAUAUAUCUUAAAAAUUGUUACAGGGUAGAAUCGAUUUAAAAUGGCAGUAUGUAUAGGAGCAGAUGGCAAUGUUUGUAAACAAACUACUCUUUUGUUAUCAACCCUAUUAAGAGUUAUUUCCCUUGAAAUAUUAUUUCCAAAACUGGUAGUCGUAGAGACAUUAGACCUUCAUCAAUUAUCUUCAGAUCAUGUGACCUUUCAUUUAUACACAAGGUAAAAGGUCAUAAGAGUGCAAAAAGUUUUUGCACUUAAAUGUCAAGCUUGAAUAUUAAGAAAACUACAAGAGAUAGCUGCAUACACACAUGUUCCUCUCGGAGAUGUUUACAUUUUAUACAUUAGACCUGAAACUGUCAGACCAUCUGUUCAAAAGUUAGGAGAUAAGUAUAAUUUUUUGUUUGUAUAUCUUUAAAAUGAUAACAGAUAUUAACCUGCUGUAUAACUGCAAAAAUGAUCAGAAUUUUAGGCCUUCAAUUUGAGGUCAAGGUCAUGAUGAAAUAUCACCUUGACCUUCAAAGGGUACUAUAUCCUUGACCUCAUGACCUUUUUGUUCUUUAUCUGCAGAUCAUCUUACACUUUGCAGACUUGAGAUAUCUUUUGUUGUUUAAGAGAUAUUGCUGUUUGAAAUUUGUGAGGGAGGCAUAUAUUUCUUAAUCAACAACAGCUAGGCACCUGAAAUUUUCAGAAAUUGAAGAGUUUAUCAUGGUAAUAUGGUUGACUAAAUACCAAAAACAUUUUAUAAAAAAACAAAGAAAAAUAAGCAGUUUGAAAUUUUCAGGUUUUACGUUGACUUUGUAAGUUUCAUCAUAUCUAUGUUCUUUUUAUAAAAUUGCAUCAUUUUGUGGACUUUGCAAAAUGGGGUCAUGUGACAUGAAAUUGAACAUCCAAAUGAGCUCUAUUCAAAAAUGAAAAUUUUAAACCCCCUUUUACAUCCGAAAGAGAAGGAUGGGGUAAUUAUGUGCAAAUAUUAAAACUUCGAAGAUGGUAAAGUUGUUGAAUAUCAAAUAUAAGUCCUUAAAUUGUACAUUUCAAAUACCUAAUUCAUGACACCCAAAAUGGGGUGGGGUGGGGUCAUGGAGUGCAAAAAAAUAGUGUCUUCAUUGUAAGGUUGUAGCAUAUAACAUGAAAGGUCAUAAUGUGUUCAUUUCAAAUAUCAAAUUCCUUUCCCCUAAAUGAGAUGUAUGGGUAGUUUAGUGCGAAAAAUCAAACUUCCUAGAAAAUGAAAGAACAUCAAGUCUCCAUUACAUAUAUCAUACUUCCGUUCUCGAAAAUAGAGAUGGAUGGGGUCAUUAAGUGCUUGUUGCAUAUCAAUUUAAAGGUCAUAAAGAGUGCAUUACAAAUAUCAGACUUUUAAGGGAAAGACCUUUCAAUUUUUGUAGAUAACAAGUUGAUACUUUUUUUUAUUGAAGUUAAAUUCUACUUCUAAAUUGAAUAUAUGUUUUUUUAUUAUUAUUGUACACAUUGAAAGGUUUAUCAAUUGGGACACAACAUUAGCUUUAAAAUUGUAAAUAACCUAAUCUAUUGUGUACAUGUAUUACAAAUCUAAGAAGCUAUGCUUGAAUAAAUACUGUUUGACAGAUGAUUCUUAUUGACCUAGUAUUAUCAAGUUUUCAUAGUUGAUGGACAAAAUUUGCAGGGACCAUGUUGUAUGUGCAAUAUACAUUAUUUACACUGAUUUUCAUUCACAUUAUUCAAACAUUACAUGUACAUUCAUAUAUUAAAACAAAAUGAUGCAAUGGAAAUUUGUUUUUGAAUAUUGAAAUGAAUUAAAAUGGAAAGGCUAUUUAUAUAUAUAUAUGCAACCUUCAACAGAACAAAGUGACCAAAAAUAAGCCUCAGUAGGUGUUGCUUCUAGUCCAUGAGAUAAAUUCUAUAUUGACAGAAUUAAAAUAUCAUUAUGUAGUUUUUUUACACUAAUCAUUUGAGUAGCAUCAAUCUUUACAUUCAAUCACUGUGUAUAUUUUUGUCCUAUUAUUAUACAAUUCAGAUAAAUUGUAGUACCAAGUUGUAAUUAGAAUUCAUCUAUUCAUACUGAUCAACACAUGAAAAAAUUUAGCCGUUCAUAAUGAAAAGGUGCAGUGUAAUAAAAAAUAUUCUUUCUAUUGAAUUUAAGUGAUUGCCAUGUGCUUCAGGUUAAAGUUUUUGGUCAAGGUAGUUUUUGAUGAAGUUGAAGUCCAAUCAACUUGAAACUUAGUACACAUGUUCCCCUGAUAUGAUCUUUCUAAUUUAAAUGCCAAAUUGGAGUUUUGUGUGUUAGACGAGUAAAAAAUUUGUAAAAAUAUUUAUUGAAAACAUAAAGUUUGAGGCAAUUAAUAAUAUUAGUGUUUAUCCUACAAUCGACCUCUCUACUACACUAAUACAGGUGUACAGAUAACACGAUGCGAUAUACGUAUACUAGACGGAUAAAGUCUCCUGGUAUCCUGCUUCUGUUGCGAGCGAACGGUUAUGUCAAAUUAAUGUUUACGUUACAGGUCAACGGGGUCCUCAUCGCGGUCCGCGUUUAAGUCAUGUCGAUUUCUUUCAAAAACAAAUUCAACGAUUGGGAUGGAAAAAAAUGUACAAAAUUCAUUGCAGGAUAAAGACAAUAACUGUAUAGUGUCUUUAAAUAUCAGCUGUAUUUGUACUCGGCUCGAAACAAGAGUAAUAGCUCGCUGAAGCUCGCAUUACAUGUGUUUCUUAGCCUCGUAAAAUACAGCUGAUAUUUAAAGACACUAUACAGUUAUUGUCUAUGUAACAGAAAGUAAUGUUGAACAUUGUAAAAUUAUCUCCCUUGGAAAUCAGUUCAUCCGUUAUUACGAUAGAAAAAAAAUAUUCAAAUAUAAAUGACACAAUAAUUCCUUGUUUGAAAACAAAGCAAUAAUGUAUUGUACAAUAAAAUGAAGUUAAGACCUAGUUUUAUAUCCAGACCAAACUUGUUAUAUAAAGCUUUGGUUCCUGAUAAGAAGGUGUUUACACUGCACUUGCUUCAUACUAAUAACCUUUUACUAUCAAUGAGCUUAAAUAUUUUACCAAUUGAUCAGUUUAAAGAGAUUAAACUGCAACUUGGUAAAUAAUUUUACCCUAUUGUUAUUGUGAAAGGACAAAGUCAUUAAUUGAUGAAGAAACAGGCAGCUAAAAAUGUGUUUCAUAAUAUAAGUUUGACUUUUAUGAAAAUUUUUAUUUAAUUUGAACCCUGUUGAAACUAUUUUACUGUAUUUGCUUUCAAUUAUAUAUUAAAUAGCAGCAUUGAGUGUGAAUGACAAAACAUGGCAAACAUAUUUGAAAUUUGAAAGAAAAUCUUUAAUUACCCAUAAUACCAGAAAGACCAUGAUCCCUCUACUAAUUGUUUUGUUGAUUAGGAGUAUAAAAUCACAUUUACAUAUUUAUGUUUGAAUUUAGACUGAUACAGUACUCAAAUUGUACAAAUUCUCUGUAGCUAUUUACUAUUAUUGUAAUCAUUCUUAAAUAUAUUUGAUAGUUAUCUGAAAUAUCGAAUUUAAUUUUAUAUUUUUGUAACUUUUUUAUAAGAAUGUAAUAUAUGUUUUUAGAAUUUAUAUAAGUAGAUUUAUAGCACUGCUUAUUUUUUUGUAUUUAUUUAAUUUAGAUUUUUAACACUACUUAUCUAUAAAAAAAUGAAUUCAUA